AUGUCGGUAGUGAUUGAAACAACUGUUGGAGAUAUAACAGUAGAUCUCUAUCUCAAAGAGAGACCUAAAGCAUGUCUUAAUUUCAUCAAAUUGUGCAAAUUAAAAUACUACAAUUAUAAUCUGUUCCACACGAUAGAAAGAAACUUUUUGGCACAAACUGGAGACAUUACAGGUGAAGGAACAAACAGUGAAUCAGUUUGGGGUGUUAUAAAUGGUCCACAGAAGCGAUUUUUUGAAGCAGAACAGAUUCCGAAAAUUCUUCAUUCUGAUGUUGGAUUGUUGAGCAUGGUUGCAUUUGAAGAUGGCUAUAUCGGAUCACAGUUUUUCUUCACAUUGGGAACUGAGCUGUCAUCGCUCGAUGGAAUUCAUUGUGUAAUCGGUGAAGUUGUUGAAGGAAUUGAAGUUUUGAGGAGCUUAAAUGAGGCAAUAACUGAUGACAAGCAUAGACCUUAUAAGGAUAUUCGAAUAACUCAUACAGUUAUUCUUGAUGAUCCAUUUCCUGAUAUGCGAGGCUUUCGUGAGCCUAGUAGAAGUCCAUCACCAACGCCUGAACGAUUAAAAAAUGGACGUAUUGGUGCUGAUGAAGAAAUAGACGAUACAGAUGGCAAAACUGAAGCUGAAAUUCAGGAAAUGCUUGAAGAAAGAGAAGCUAAAACACGAGCCACUAUUUUAGAAAUUGUUGGCGAUCUUCCGGAUGCAGAAUGCGCACCACCUGAAAAUGUCCUUUUUGUAUGUAAAUUAAAUCCAGUGACAACGGAUGAUGACUUAGAAAUCAUAUUUAGUCGUUUCGGAAAAAUCAAGUCAUGUGAAGUAAUUAGAGAUAAGCAAAGUGGCGAUUCCUUACAAUAUGCAUUUAUUGAGUUUGAAGAGCAAAAGUCAUGCGAAAAUGCUUAUUUUAAAAUGGAUAAUGUUCUCAUUGAUGAUCGUCGUAUUCAUGUUGAUUUCUCACAGUCUGUAUCUAAAAUUAAAUGGCGUGGUAAAGGAAAUUACACAAUAUAUGGCGAUGACGAUAAAGAAAGUAAAUCAAAUAUUAGCGAUAGAAAGGAACGGCGCUCUAGAUCACCACAAAGAAGACAUGAUAAUCGUGAUCGUUUUGAUAAUCGACCAAAAUAUUUUAAUAAUUAUAGAAAUGAUCGAUACAACAAUAAUAACAACAGAAGGUUUAAUGAUGAUCGAUCACGAAAUUACAGGCCACAGAAUCGACGAGAUUCUAGAGACAGAGUAAAGGUACGAGAAAGAUCUAGAGAAAAGUUUGACAAUUAUAGACGACCUGAAAGACGUAGAAAUUCCAGAGAAAAAUCUCGUGAUAGAUCAGAUUAUCGCAUCCGUGAUUCGAGACGCUCAAGAUCAACUGAAAAGAAAAGGGACAAGCAUGAUUACAGUUCUAGUAGAAAAAGAGAUGAUGAAAGUAGUAGACACAAAACAUCUAGUCAUAAAAGUAGUACUAAAAGAUCCAGUCCUUCAAGCGACUCUGAUGACAGCCGAAGGAAGAAGAGUUCAAAGCACAAGAGUAAAUCAUCAAAGCGUCGAAGCAGCAGCAGCAGUUCAGAAUCGGAUCAUAAAAGGAGUAAAAAGUCACGAAGAUAA